AUACAACUGACCCCUGAAACAGUAUUCAUAAGUCCAGGGGGUAAUGUAACACUAACAGCAACAUGUGACAACACCAGCUUCAUUGGUCAACUAACAUGGACUCGAUUUGUCAACGAUAAUUUUUCGAAAUUGGACACUGGAAGCUCAAAAUAUGAUGAGUGUUUUUGUCAGGGCUUAUCAAAUACUGGUCGAUUGACAAUAAAUCAAAUAGAGCCUUCUGACGAAGGAAAAUACAGGGUAGAGGUCCACCAGGUCCACCAGCAAAGGAAUUAUGUGGAAAGUAACGUGGUUUCACUGUAUGUUUUGGAGGACGUCAAUGCAGUUUGCAAAGAGGAACUAAACCUUCUACGCUACAAGGAAUGUGAAAGCAUGGCAAAGGGGGCUCUUCGUUUUAUAUUUGAUAGACUAAUUCCACCAAAUUGUCUUGCAAGCCAUCUUUCUAAGUACAAAGAUGGUUUACGCAAUUCCUGGAAAUGCAGAAAUGACCAGCUGCAAGAACUUUUCCCAAAAAAUGGAUUAGUUUCUUCCAAAAAUUUCGACAUCUCUCUUCUCUAUAAACUUUUGCGCAAUACCACAAUCGUUAAAGCACCGGUGAAUGGUUGGAAUAUUGAGCCAAAUUUGGAAAAUACAGGCGAAGGAGAUGAUAUUGAACGAAUUCAUCAACACCGAAAUUUCCUUUGUCAUUUAAAAGUGAAACAACUGUCAGAAGAAGAAUUCGAGAGUCGAUGGUUCGAUCUCACAACGGCAAUUGAUAGACUCAGCAAAGGGACCCUUCGGAGAAACAUAUGUUUCUUACGAAACAAGAAAUUUGAACAAAUGGAAAAGGUCACAAACAGAAAGUACUCGAAAAGCGGAAUUAUGAGAAAUCCUCAAUCAGAAAUUGUAACAUGGUGGCAAUUAGAAGACAGGGUGUUUUGCGAAGAUAUACGUUUUGUGAAAAAAGCAUUCGAUGUUGUCAAAAAAGAAAAACUAGUGCUCAUAAUUGGUAGGAGCGGAUCUGGUAAGACCACAGCAGCAAGACACUGUGCCCUGAAACUGCAAAGAGAUGGAUGGCAAGUGGUGCCCAUUGAUUCUAUUAGAGAAAUAAACUGCGGUCAAAUUAUGACAAAGUGCGUAUUUAUGUUUGAUGACCCAGUUGGAAAUCCAGGACUCGACGAACGGAAAGUAUCAGACUUCGAGAGAUGCCAUAGCGAUGUUUUGCAGCUUUUCAGACAUGCUGAUCAUAAAAUUAUACUAACAUGUCGUAAAUUUGUAUACAAUGAAGCUAAGCAAUAUCAUAUCUUUGACAAUUAUAGCGUCGUUGAUAUUGAAGACAAAGACUGUCUUUUGAACAGAGAUGAAAAAAGAAAACUGCUACAAGCAUACGAUAUCGAAACUAUGGUUGAUAUUUCAUCUUUAGAUCGGGUAAACCUAAUGUUUCCCCUUAUGUGUUAUAUGUUGCACAAGAAUAGAAGAAGCAUGUCUGUAGAUUCCAAAGUAGUUUUAGAUCCCCGUGAUUAUCUUCUAAAACAAUUAGACAUUAUGAGAAAAUCGGAGACGACAAAAACUCUGUAUGCAUCGUUAGUGUUUCUGGUUAUAAACAACAACAGGUGCACAAUAGAAGACUUAAAGAAAACAGAAAUGUUAUCCGAUAUAUAUAAAAGAUGUGGACUUUAUGACCACCACCCGUAUGGCAAAGAAAUACACGAAAAACUGCAGCAUUCUGAAAAUACAUAUGUUAUCAAAACAGACUUUGGAUACAAAUUUCUCCACGAAUCUCUUUUUGAAAUUGUGGCAUUUCAUUUCGGGUGCAGGAUGUUGAUAACCAAGCAUUGAUUCUUCAGCAUUUAAACAUAGAGUUUUUAGCCAAUAAUACUUACCUUGAAAAAAGUAAAGAUGCCAGCACAGAGAUGGGGAUAAGAAUUCUUCCCCAAAAUUUUGAAAUAUUGGCCCAAAGAUUAUUUCUUGCUCUGGAAGCCAAUGUCAGAUUAAAUGUGCAAAUAGGCACUAUGAAUUCCAUAUUUUCUAACAAGUGUUGGAGAGUCCUUGAGUUUGUAACGUUGUUCUUUACAACCAUUGGUAAGAAAACCAUUGUUGAGUUAUUUUCAAAACCAUUCCAAACAUUGCAAGAAAAAUCAACAUUGGAGGAGCAAAAGCAGAAAAGAGGAAGUUCAUAUUUAGAAAAGCAAGAAUUUAUAAUGGGGAAUUACACUGGGAGAAGAAAUGUUGCCACAAUAUGCAUGUAUGAGGAUAAAAUAAAACUUAUUGACUGGAUUAUUUUAAACGGACAUCUACCAUUUGUCAAUGCUUUUCUACAAAAGUCAAAGAAAUUACCUUCAUGGAUUUCUGGCCCACUGAUAGACCAUAAACGACUUUUCUGGCUCUCUAUAUAUAGUACAGAGAAAAAUAUGUUUGAAUUCACAUUAUCAAUUUUAUCGAAACUUGAAAUUAAAGAAGGUAUUAAUACACCCUAUCAUUCGGAUCAUACUCCAUUAACUCUUGCGUGUUCACUCAGUGCAUAUGAAAUUGUAAAACUUCUAGUGGAAAGGGGUGCACUCAUUGAAAAAUGCAACAAAAGAGACGAACUUCCAUUAUUCGUUGCUCUUAAAAGUGGGUCAGAUAAAAUAGUCAAAUAUCUGCUUCAAAACCGUGCUCUAGUGACAGGCAAUAAUGAAUGUGUUUGUCCUUUUUAUUUUGCAAGUAAAUCAACAAAUAAAGAUAUCUUCAAAUUACUUUUAAAGAAAUGCGACCAUUCAUCAACAUGUCACGAUGGAAAAUCACCUUUACAUCUAGCAAUAGAACAUGAAUUUAAUGACAUAACUGAAAACUUAGUUCGUCGUGAUGCUGAUGUCAAUUCCACUGACAAAAUGAAGGAGACACCUUUGCAUAUAGCCUGUUCAAAAAACAAUGUAAAAAUUGUAAAAUUGCUUGCAAAGAAAGGUGCAAACUUCAACAUGCUCAACAACAGUGAAAUGCUACCUUUACAAAUUGCUGUAAUGAACGGUUUUGAGGACCUUUUGCUAAACCUACUACUUGAAAUUCCUCUUCAAGAGUUUAAAUCAGCAAUUAACGGUUGCAACACAGAAAAUGCUAAUAAACCGAUUGUACAUGAUCAUGUUUCUAUACACUCUGCUUCAUCCUAUGAUACUGACGGAAUUUUGCGACUUCUCCUCAAAAAAUUUUCGUCCAGAAAUUUGAGAAAUUUUUUGAAGAUAUGUGACAUUGGAAGUGUUAUUGUUGAUGGCAAGACCUCGUUACAUCUCGCAGUAGAAUAUGGAUUUUUUGAAGAUGUUGAAUUAUUAAUCCAUCGUGGUUCUGACAAAAAUGCCACAGAUGCUGAGAAACAAACUCCAUUGCACAUUGCCUGUUCAACAAACAACCAAAAUAUCGUGAAAGUGAUGAUAAAAGAAGGGGCUAAUAUAGAAAUGCUCAAUUCAAAAAACGAAUCACCUGUAUCUAUUGCUUUGAAUAAUGGUUUUCAGGAUAUUCUGAUGUGCUUUAUGUUAACAUGUCCUUUUCAGAAAUUCAAAUUUUUGCUUCAAAAAUGUUGUUUCAAAAAUGUGCAAUUUUCUCAAAUACACCCGACACUAUGUGGAUUUGAUGGAGUGAUGCAAUAUCUUUUAAGCAUUUGUCCUAUUGAAAAUUUUGAAUUAUUGUUAGAAAACAACGACUUUUCUUCCAAAUCAACCCCUUUACAUCUUGCAGUAAAAGGGGGAUUUAUUAGCGUUGUUGAAAGCUUGGUAGAUUAUGGGUGUAACGUGAACGCUGUAGAUGAAAGAAAUGAAACACCGCUGCAUAUUGCUUGCUCACUUAAUGAUAUGAAGUCUGUCAAAUUACUUGUAAAAGCCAAUGCGCACAUUAUCAUGUCUGAACUGAGUAAUGAAUCCCCAAUAUGUGUUGCUGCUAGACUAAGAUUCGAGGAGAUAGUCAAAUACCUUUUGGAAAACUGCUCUACUGAAAACAUGAAAUUGUUGUUGGAGAAAUGUGACGUCACGAGUACGUUUUACAAAGGCAAAACACCUUUACAUAUUGCAGUGGAACAUGAUUAUAAUGAACAUGUUGAAAAAUUAAUUAUUCGUGGUGCCAAUAUAAAUGCUAGAGAUGAAAAUGGCGACACUCCAUUACAUGUUGCCUGCGCUAGCAAUUUCAAAAAUAUCGUCCGAAUUCUUUUAAAACAGGGAGCAGAGGUAGAAAUGUACAAUUCAAACAACGAAACACCUCUGCUCAUAAGUAUCACGAAGGGCUCUGUUGAAAUAUUACACGAUUUCAUGUAUACAACUCCCUAUCAAAAGUUUAAAUCAUUAUUGGAGAAAUGUAAUAUUGAAAAAUUACAUUUAUCCCCACAACUUCCACUAGCUGCCGCUCUCCGAAAAGGAUCAGAAGAAACUGUUCAGUAUCUUUUGAAGAGUUGUCCAAUAAAAAAAAUUGAGUUACUUUUUGAUAAGUCUUUAUCUGCUAAUCUCAGUGCAAAGACACCAUUACAUGUUGCAAUAGAAAGGAGGUUAAGUCAGGUUGCAGAGAGCUUAAUUCUUCAUGGUGCAAAUGUUAAUGCAGUUGAUGAGAUUGGCCAGACACCGCUUCAUAUAGCUUGCUCUCAAAACGAUAUAAAGACGGUUAAGUUAUUAGUGAAAGAAGGCGCAGAUAUUUUUAGCCAUAGUGCACAUGAUGAAACACCCAUAAGCCUGGCUGCAAAAAACGGGUUGGAUGAAAUAAGCCAAGUUCUAUUCAUUAACUGUCCACCAAAAUACCGGAAAAUGCUUAAAAAACUGUAACCUGAAAUCAUCACCUGAAAUCUGUUUACAUAGAUCGUCCUGCGUAAAUUUCAUUGAAACCACGUGUAUUCAAUUAUUUACUAUCCUAUCACCAAACGAAAAAUAUAUUGCUGAAAAACUGAAACGUACUGCCAAAAGUGUCAGAAUAAUUGAAA